AUGUCCAGCCAGGCACAGCAGGAACGGCUGCGGCAGGCGUUGCACGCGCUCGUCCAAGAGCCAGGUAACCAACGAUGUGCGGACUGCCACACAUCAGCACCGAGGUGGGCCAACUUGCACCUCGGGAUAUUCCUCUGUAAAGAUUGUGCGGCCGCUCAUCGUCAUCUGGGCCCGCCGCUGUCGCAGGUACGCUCUAUUGCGUACGACGUAUGGACGAGCGCACACGUCCAGCAUAUGCGCGCUGUUGGGAACGAAAAAAGCAACGCACACUUUGUGCCGGCACCUCAGCUGUUUCCCGCACCUGUCGAGUCGGAGAAGGCAUCUAUGUGCGGGACAAGUACGUCCGCUUGGCGCUCCGCAACCAGGGCCUAG